CCGAAUUCCACCGAAUUUGUUCGACGUGAUAUUAGCCGCAACAAAAAAUUCGUAACAUUCGCGUAAAAACUUUUUGGUAGUGUAUAUAUUUUUCGCGUUCCUUUUGUGAAUCACUGUUGCCUCAGUGGAUUCGGUGGUCUGUUUACUCGUGAAUAUUUUCAGCUUACAAAUUCAAAGGAAGAUUGUCAGGAUACCGGGUGUCCAUAAUGGCAGAUGAACAGCAACAGUUUUUUCUUAAAUGGAAUGAUUUCCAAUCUAAUAUGGUAUCGUCGUUUAAACAUUUACGAGAUGAGAAAAGCUUCACGGAUGUGACGUUAGCUUGCGAUGGUCAGACUUGUAAAGCACAUAAGAUGGUGUUGUCCGCUUGUAGUCCUUACUUUAAGUCAUUAUUAGAGGAAAAUCCGUCCAAACAUCCCAUUAUAAUUCUAAAAGAUGUCGCAUACAGCCACCUUCAAGCUAUUUUGGAAUUUAUGUAUGCUGGAGAAGUUAAUGUAUCGCAAGAUCAAUUGCCCGCAUUUCUUAAAACAGCUGAUCGGUUGAAAGUUAAAGGGUUGGCAGAAGCACCUGGUGCCAUUAAGAGGGAAGGUUAAAAACUGCACAUAUAGUUAUGGUAAGGAUUUUCACUUUAUUGGUAACCAUAAUAAUUGGCAUAA